AUGGAGCCUCAAAUUGUGAGCCCAGAACAAGAAGGAGGGCUGGGAGGGGAUAACAAGCCCUCCAGCGUGGCUCAGUCGGACUGUGUGAGAGAGCAGCCAGGAUGGAAAGCAUCUCUAGAGACCAAGCAGGAGCCCUGCAACGGGAUGCAACAGCGCUGGGAGGCCCAGUGGCAGGAGUUCCUGACAACAUUGCAGUCUCCUCACACAACAGAGAACCCAUUGUCACUGGAGGCCCCCCCCAUGGGACGAUGCCAAGGCCUUUCUGGCCUCCUUCGAGCAAGUGGCCGGAGCUUGCCAGUGGCCUAG